AUGCCGGGCACGAGUGGCGGGGGACUGGACGACCAGCCUUCCUUUAAAUACCUCCUCCUUCUCCUCGUGGGGCCCCCAUUGUGGCCCAGCAGCGGUGAAGACGGGGAAGAUGCCCGUGAGCAUGCCCACCCCAUAGAGCCGCCCGCAGAGAGGCAGGAGAAAGCGGAGUCCAUCUACCGCCGUGGGGCUCGGAGAUGGCGGAAGCUGCACUGUACCAACGGUCAUCUCUUCCAGGCCAAGCGCUUUAACCGGGGAGCGUCCUGCGGACAGUGCAGCGAGAGGAUAUGGGGCCUCGCCAGGCAGGCUUACAGGUGCCUCCACUGCCAGCUGCUGGUGCAUAAGCGCUGCCACGGCCUCGUCCAGCCACCCUGCGGGGGGCAUAUGGAUUCUGUCAUGCCUGCCCAGGAACCUGCAGCGGACGACGGUGGUGGCGAUGUGCCCUCUGAGGACACCGGCGGAAUUGCCUAUAUCUCUUCGAGCCGGAAACAUGACAACAUUAAAGAUGAUUCUGAGGACCUCAAGCCUGUCAUUGCCGGCAUGGACGGCAUCCAGAUCUCUCAGGGGCUCGGCCUGCACGACUUUGACCUGAUCCGGGUCAUUGGGCGCGGGAGCUACGCCAAGGUGCUCCUGGUGCGGCUGAAGAAGAACGACCAGGUCUACGCCAUGAAGGUGGUGAAGAAGGAGCUGGUGCAUGAUGACGAGGACAUAGACUGGGUGCAGACGGAGAAGCACGUGUUCGAGCAGGCGUCCAGCAACCCCUUCCUGGUCGGCCUGCACUCCUGCUUCCAGACGACGAGCCGGCUGUUCCUGGUCAUCGAGUACGUCAAUGGGGGGGACCUCAUGUUCCACAUGCAGAGGCAGAGGAAGCUCCCAGAGGAGCACGCCAGAUUCUACGCCGCUGAGAUCUGUGUCGCCCUCAACUUCCUACAUGAGAGAGGAAUCAUCUAUCGGGACCUGAAGCUGGACAACGUGCUCCUGGACGCCGACGGCCACAUCAAACUGACAGACUACGGCAUGUGCAAGGAGGGCCUGGGCCCCGGGGACACGACGAGCACCUUCUGUGGGACCCCGAACUACAUCGCCCCUGAAAUCCUGCGGGGAGAGGAGUACGGCUUCAGCGUGGAUUGGUGGGCGCUGGGCGUGCUGAUGUUUGAGAUGAUGGCAGGGCGGUCCCCCUUCGACAUCAUCACCGACAACCCUGACAUGAACACCGAGGAUUACCUCUUCCAGGUCAUCCUGGAGAAGCCCAUCCGCAUCCCCCGCUUCCUCUCGGUCAAGGCCUCGCACGUCCUGAAGGGCUUCCUCAACAAGGACCCCAAAGAAAGGCUCGGCUGCCGGUCACAGACAGGCUUCUCUGACAUCAAAUCCCACGCCUUCUUCCGCAGCAUCGACUGGGACCUGCUGGAGAAGAAGCAGGCGCUGCCGCCUUUUCAGCCACAGAUCACCGAUGACUACGGACUGGACAACUUUGAUACCCAGUUCACCAGCGAGCCGGUGCAGCUGACCCCGGACGAUGAGGACGCCCUCAAGAGGAUUGACCAGUCCGAGUUUGAAGGCUUCGAGUAUAUCAGCCCACUGCUGCUGUCCACCGAGGAGUCCGUGUGAGGCCCAGCGCAUGCAUGCUGGCCAGGGCCGCGGUGCCAGGGACCCGGUGCUCGAGGGAGAUGCGUCCACACUCGAGGGUGAGAACUUGCCCCAGAACAGAGCUUGUACCCGCGGCCAUGGCCACACCCAGACCACGGCUAGGCUGGGCCUCCUUUCCGCAUGGUCCUGGGUGGCCCGGACACAGCCCAGCAAAGGCCCGAGCCAGCAGCCUGCACUCGGCUGCACACCUGCGCCGUGCCUGCAACUGCUCCGGAACUGGCCUCGCGUGCGCGCUUGCUGAGGGGCCCUGGGUCCCGCCAGACCGACGAGGAGAAAGGACUCACAGACUCAGCCACACAAAUACAUUUCUGGAAACACGAGCAGGGCCCACGUCAUGUGUC